AUGGCGAAAGCCCAAAAGAAGAAGAACAAAUCUCGUAAGGUUGUGGCACCUGGAGGUGCUAGGGGUGGUAUGACUAAGCUAAAGGGAAAGUUCUUUCAUGGCAAGCAGCCUGGUCACCAUAAAAGAAGUAAACUCGUGUUACAAGAACUAAGCAAAAGUAUAACUAGAAAUGAAGCAGCACCAGAACAAGUUCCUCAAACAGCUAUUGACAUACCAUUGCAUCUACGUAGUGGGAGAAAUGUAAAUAGGCAUGAGGUUUCUCAUGAGUUUGCACAAAAACAAACUCAAGACAUCUCACAACCACAAAGUAGUGGGAGUAACAUCGAGCAACCUGGAAUUGUGGAGGCAGUUCUGAAUGCUCAAAAUUUAGUACAAGAUGUAGCAAAUCCUAUAGUGGUUAUGUCCCACUUGACUCAUAACCAUGCAUUGACAAUUUUACCCAUUUCUUCCACAUACUUAUCAAAAGCCUUCUAA